ACGGCCGUCGCUGCUCUGCCUGUCUAUAUCGCUGGGACUUGGAAAGUGGCCGGACGGGGGAGACAGCAAGCCUUGGGGAUUCAGAAAAAGAUGGAAAUAAAUCGCUGUUUAAAAUAGUUGACUCGUACACGUUUAUACACCGCGCUUCAUCCUCUGCCACACCGCGUUUUGUGUUCAGUAACAUUUUUUUUUUCUUUUUCAGAAGCAGGCGCUGCUAGCUAGCUUAGCGCCCUAUCGCUGUUACUAUAUCAGACACAGGUAGAAGAGGAGGGGUUGGUGACAAAGGAAGGUGGCGAGGUAACGUUAACGAUGAAUCGCUUUCGAAAGUGGCUGUACAAGCCCAAGAGGACGGACCCCCAGCUCCUCGCCCAGUUCUACUAUGCUGAUGAAGAGCUGAACCAGGUGGCCACAGAGCUGGACAGCCUUGACGGCAGGAAGGACCCCCAGAGGUGCACCCUGCUAGUCAACCAGUUCCGCUCCUGUCAGGACAAUGUGUUGAAUAUUAUCAAUCAGAUCAUGGAUGAAUGUAUCCCCAAUGACCGAGCCAACAGAGACUUCUGUGUCAAGUUCCCUGAGGAAAUUCGUCAUGACAACUUGGCAGGGCAGCUGUGGUUUGGGGCUGAGUGUUUGGCUGCUGGCUCUAUCAUCAUGAACAGGGAGAUAGAGAGCAUGGCCAUGAGGCCUCUGGCCAAGGACCUGACACGCAGCCUGGAGGAGGUACGCAACAUCACCAGAGACCAGGCCCUUAGAGACCUGAACCUGUACACUGACCGCAUGAGGGACGCGUUGCGUCACUUUGACAGCCUUUUUGCUGAGUUUGAGCUCAGUUAUGUGUCAGCCAUGGUGCCUGUGAAGUCUCCCAAAGAAUACUACGUCCAGCAGGAGGUGAUUGUGCUCUUCUGUGAGACUGUGGAGAGGGCCCUGAAGCUGGGCUAUCUCACACAAGACAUGAUCGAUGACUAUGAACCCGCACUGAUGUUUACAAUUCCCAGACUAGCCAUUGUGUGUGGGUUGGUUGUGUACUCAGAAGGUCCUCUCAAUCUAGAUCGAAAAUCAGAGGACAUGUCUGAGCUCUUCCGGCCCUUUCGCACUUUAUUAAAGAAAAUCAGAGAUCUGCUGCAGACACUGACUGAAGAGGAGUUGUUGACGCUGGAGAGAAACCUCUGCAUCUCUCAGGACGGGGAGUUGUCCUCGGGCCAGGGACUAGCCACGAGCACUAUACCAGCACCAGUCCCAGAACAGCAGUCUUCCUGCAGCCCCGCUGAUGACGCACCCAAGGGACAGAAUGAGGGGGAACAGGAGCAUCUGGCUCUGUUUGUCUCUCCCAGCCAGGAUGAGGAGCUGGGAGGAGUGGAAAAGGGCUGGGAGGAGGUGGAAACUGAGAGGGGUGAAGAGGAGCAGGAGCAGGGCCUGCUGUGUGAAGAGGCGGAGGAGGCUGAGCUGGCCUGUUCCAUGCAGUAUGAUGAGGAGGAACUAGAGCAGCUGAACAUGAUGGUGUACCGUGUAGGAGAUGAGAUGUCCACUCUGCUGUCACCUCCCAGCCAGGGUCACUCUCCGGCCCACCUGCCCAACAGAGGAGAGGCAGGAGGUUCCAGCGGGGUGUCCAGUAAUGAGACCUCUCCCCGUAAACUCCUGGGCUGUCGUGGACAGACAGGUCUGUACGCAGAGGAGGAGGAAAAGGUUUUCUUCAUGGAGGACCUGGAUGCAGCAGGAGACGGCACCACCAGCAUCUCAAGAGAGUCCCGCAUGGCCUUGCCCUCCAAAGCCUCACAGCCUGUUUGUCCUGUACAGCGCAGGCUGGCACCGCUGUCAGACUCUGCCAGGAAUGGCUGGCACUCUGAUGCCCAAUCAGAGGAGCCUUGCCCGCAGCCACGCAGUCGGAGCCCGCAUUGCCACAGCGCAAAGCGGCCUCCUUGCACCUCUGCCCCCAGCUCUGAACCCCUGCCUUACACCAACGGCUGGGAGGUGGGCUUGGAAGGGACUGCCCCUGAGACGGCUGAGGUCAUCGCCCACCGUAUGGGUGGGAUGAAGCUGUCUGCCACGGUAAUCUUCAACCCGCGUUCCCCCAGCCUGACAGAGCUGGCUGUGGACAAGCUGGUUCUGCCUCGGCCCACUUCCUCUGAGGUUGAACCCUGCGGGCCCCUGGUGGCCACUCACUGCCUGCUUAACUCAUGUGUCUGCUGCGGAAGCUGUGAAGAUGGCCAUGAUGAUGCCAUCACCACGGACAACGCUGGGCUAGGGCUCGGCCGCCUCACCCUGGGCUUGGACAAACAUUGCAAGCCGCCACCCCCAGCCGCCGUCAUCCAGUCCUCUGCUUGCCGUCUGCCCCCCCCAGGUCACGAGCUUCACAGUAAGGGAGAGCCGUCCCAGCUGACACCUCCUUCUUCUCGGUGCUCUGCAGAGCCCCUUGUGGAGGAAGGAAGCUCCCAGCUCUGUGAGAAGUGCCUGUUGGUGGCCCCGGGGCCGAGGCAGCACAGCCAGGACUGUAGCCCCAGUGGAGGGGAUGGGCCCUCCCCCUGCAACCAUCGGCUGAGGACUGAGAAGAGGCAGCAGGCCAGUAGGAGCCAGGAGAGGGACAGAGGGGUGGACAGGGAGACGCCAGGAAGUAAAGACGCAGAGAAGGACGCCAAAGAGGACAACAGAAAGAGCUUCAGAUUUCAGAACUCUCCCCUCAGCUCUGUGUCAGGUAGUGACUGUGAAAGUGUGUCAGUCACCACAUGUAGUCUGUCAAGCAGUGCAUACACUCCCAGCCCUGUCAGCAGUCUGACCACCAGCUCUGGGACAUCAGAAGACCUGGAACACCAGGAGAUCCAGCAAGCCCUGCAGGCUGCCAAGAUGGCCGCCAGGAACAAGAUCCGAUCGCGCUUCCACAGCAGUAGUGACCUCAUCCACCGUCUCUUUGUUUGUAUAUCAGGUGUUGCCGACCAGCUGCAGACCAACUAUGCUAGUGACCUUCGCAGCAUCCUCAAGACGCUUUUUGAAGUCAUGGCAACCAAGUGUGAACAGGGGGACAACGAGAAGCAAAAGAAAGGUCCUGGCCUGCGCAGUGCAGGGCUGGAGGACUGUGCUCUCUGUCAGGAGACCAUUUCCUCUUCAGAAUUGGCAGCCAAGGCCCGGGAUGGCCAGUUCGAAGACCCUCCUGACUGGGUCCCUGACGAAGCCUGUAACUCCUGCAUCGCCUGUAAGGCUCCCUUCACCGUCAUCCGUAGGAAGCAUCACUGUAGGAGCUGCGGAAAGAUCUUCUGCUCUCGCUGCUCCUCCCACUCUGCCCCACUGCCCCGCUACGGCCAGGUGAAGCCGGUCCGGGUGUGCACACACUGCUACAUGUUCCAUGUCACGCCCUUCUACAGCGACAAGACUGGCAUCUGACCCCAGAGAAACACCGAAAGCACAAAAUCCGCCUCAGCGUGAGCAUAUGCAAAGGAUAGAUCCAAGGCUGUGUGCGAAGUAAAAAAACGAAACUGCUCUCGUAAACCUUAAUGGUCGUCCUCGUUGUACCUGCUGAGACAGGCUUGGGAAUAAGGCCAUGGUGGAUGAGAGAGCAGAGAGAGAGGACAUGCAGCCACGGUGACUGAUGAGACCCUUUUCUGUUGCUUUGGAGAUGCUGCUGCCUAAAUGGGAACCAAAGGGUCUGAUUUCUGUGCCCCACCCCCUCACAAAUGAUUCACAAAUGCCUGUCUGACUACAGAGGCGGAAAAGAGAGAGGGAACAAGCAGGCAAUAACGCAUUUUGAAAUGGCAUAUUGCAACAGUCCUCUGUAGCAGUUUGCAGCAAAAAAAUAAGAAAAAACAGGCCACCUAGUUUGUUUUUUUGUUUUUGGUGUAUAUGAAAGGCCUUGUGACAUAUUUUCCUAUGCUUUAGCGGGCUUCCCACAUUUGUGCCAGAGCUCCCACGGGACUCGGAUUACUCAAAAGAAUGUAAGUCAUGAAAACCAUGUAAAUAAGGAUAAUUCUGGCGAUAAUAGCUACACUACACUGUCAUCAGUUAAUGGAUGCUAUAUAUAUGGGAAGUGGAAAGCAAUCUUCACCAGGCUAACAAUCUCAGCGAAGCAAAAAUGAGAAACAUACAGCUUUUAUAUUGAGAUUCUUUCAUGCUUUUAAUGGCAAUGAAUGUGUAAUUCUGUAUCACUUAAUGAAAUGGGGUCUUGAUUCUAACAAGAUUGACAGAUAGGCUCUUAAUGAUUAUGGGCUGUGCCCAUCGCUUUUACAAUUGCACCUCGGCAUGUUUUACUAGUUUUCUCUUGGGACUCCACUGCACACUGAGAUGGAUUAAAGGGAUUUCAUUAGUCAUCAUUGUCAGGUCUUGAAGGCCCCCUAGUGGAGAACUGAACUCUCUUCUUUCAAUGCUCUCAUAUUAGUACCAUGAUGUGACAGCAUGCUUUUAACCAGAGGCCUUCUCAGGUGCCGGCCUACAGACUACAGGCCAAGUUUUACCCAUUGGUUUUCACUUCCUCCCUGUACUUAUCGUGCAAUAUUGUGACUACUAAUUACAAUGGUCCUGCACAUUUUAGUAGAGAUAAACCUGUGCUAUUUAAAUUGUAGUUAUAGACUAUUUCUAAAGAGCAAACCUGUGCUGAUUUGUGUUUACACUGAACUUUUAUCCAUCUUUGUUUGGUUCUGGAGGUACUGUCGGACUGGAACAGAUAGGUUGUUCCCAAACUGAAUCCAUUUGCAGCAGACUUUCUUUCUGCCGUUGACUCUGCUUCCAUUGCAAUGAACACAUUCAGAGUAUCUUCCAUGCUCACACUGUGUUGUGGUCGGUACAUGUGAAUGAGCUGAAAUCGCCAAUCUGCGAAUAUGGACCUCGUGGCGUCAAGGACAUGGUAUCACAUAAAUGUCCGCUCUGCUCUGACUUAAAGCAAUCUCUCAGGCAUUACAUUGUCAAAAUCACUCACUACUGUUGGAACACUUUUAUUUUCAGCAAAUAACAUAUAAACUCACUUUGAAAAGGUAUGUUUUUUUUUUUCUUUUAUACAGAACAAAAAGAAAUGUAUGAAGCUAUAACUACUUUUCUCUAAAAAAGAAAAAAUGUAAAAAAAAAAAAAAAAAAAAAGCAAUCAUGCAGUAAUUAAAGGGCGGGAUAUCCUAUUAUUUCA